AAAAUCCUAUUGGAUUCAGUUCAUCUUCCCUUCCUACUGCUAAUUCUGUACAGUUUAAUAUGCAACCUCCUCCCGAUCCGAAUGAGCAAUACAAUCUGGUUGAUAUCUCAUCUCACUCCACUAACUGGUAAUACAGUGGACAUGCCUUCUUUUUCUACAUUCAAUCAAGGCAUUGGAUGUCCACUUGUUUCUGAAGCUGAUUUAGGGUACGCCUAUAGUUCAUUUCCACCUAUUCCAGACUUCACAACAGGUCAAUUGUCUGAGGAAGGACCGAAUUUUUUAACAACAGAUCAGUUGGGUCAUCUUAGGCCUCCUGUGCUGUCAACUUUGGACAAUAUCUAUGUUGAUCAGAAAAAUAUGGAUUCUAUUAGUGCUUCAUCUUCAAUAACUGCACCAGAAGUUCCAGUGGCAUUCUUGCCAUCAAAUCUCCCUGGAAAACAGGAUUGUUGUGUUCUUUCUCUCCCUUUCACUGAAGAAUUUGAUUUUGAAGCAAUGAAUGAGAAGUUUAAAAAGGAAGAGAUAUGGGGUUACCUUGGAAGCACUAGACAAAGGGAAAAAACUCUAAGUGUUUCCUCUCCUCAAAACUUGGGUAAUGAAGGAUUGUAUGGAUCAGAACUACUGAAAAUUGAUAGCAAACCUGCUUACAACAAGGAAGAGUUCUUUGACACAUUGUCAAAGGCCUCUUAUAAUAAGCACGAGUGUUUCAACACACUGUCUGGUAAUACGCACAUGCGUGGACCAAGGAACGGACCACCUAGGUUUUCUAAUCGAAUGAAGAUGGAUAACGAGACUUUUAGCAACUUCAACCAGAGACAUUAUGCUGGCUACGAUGCUCAUGAUGAGACUUACAGAAGCCCUCACAAUUGGGGAAGGGAUUAUAACCAUGAUGGAAGAGGAGGCGGUGAAGAGUAUUAUCCAUAUAAGCUUUGAGUUAUGUUGCAUGAAGAAUAAUGUGGGCAUGUAUUCCCUGGUUUUAUAAAAUCUAAUGCAGGUUUAUUAUUUUCUUUCUGGUCAAUGAUUACAUGUUCUCUUAUCCUCAUGAAUACUAUAUUAUUAAGCAGGAGGUUUAUUACU